AUGGCGGAGGAUUUGCUACAGCCUUGGGACCACCAGCCUCGAGGAGUUUUCCAGCAGGAGACGACCAUCUUUUUGUCUCAACUACUUGGUGCCACUGAGACCUCCGAGUUUUGCUUUCCAGGUGCAAGUCCGGAGGGGUUCACAAUGUGA